AUUAGUACAAACAGGAAUCGAAUAACAAUCUUAUUUGUACUAAUUUGUAUUUGCGCAAAUAUUCGUGUGGUAUAUUUUGCGCAUUACUAAAACUACCGCAGGAUACUUGGAGUGACCGGGAAAUUCGAGAAAUGUUGCAUAUUAUAAAUGAAAAGCAUAUAAUGCAACUAAUCGAUAACAAAACUAAACGCAACAAGAGUAUAUUUCAAGACAUUGCAAAUGAGUUGAAAAAUAAAAAUGUUGUGAAAAGCGAUGUACAAAUUCGCAACAAGUUUAAAAGUCUUAAAUCGGACUUUUUUAAAGCAAAACGAAACAAUAAUAAAAGCGGAGCUAAGCGGCAGACAUCAGAGCACUUUGAGUUGCUGGACCAGAUCUUGGGACAUCGUCCAGUGUUGGAGGCAGAAGGAGUAGACGUUGCUGAAAUGGAUAUUGAAAAUAUGGACGUUCUCACUGAAUUUGGUGAAAGCACUGAACAUACUGAAAAAGAAAAAUCAAGUAAUGGGUCUCAGGACGAAUUGACUGAAGUGGAAGUUUCUGCCAGCAAUAAUAACUUGCGUAGUUUCAAACGAGCUAGUAAAGAAGCAGACUUACCAAAAAGUGGUUGAAUCUUUUACAAAAGACUGGAAAGAAUCACAGAAGGAAUUACUUGAGACCAUGAAGGAGCAGGAUGAAAAAUUGAUAGAUAUACAGAGCAAAAAGCAAGAGGAAAUUUUGGAAAAAAAUAUGAAAACAAUGGAAAAGAUUCUAGAAAAUGAUCGAGAGGAAAAUGCUAAAAUGCUGCAAGAAUUUCUAAGCGCAAUGCAACCAAUGCAGCCGCACGUCUUCCAGGCACCAACACAUUUCUAUAGGGAGUCUCCAUCAUCCAGUGUUAUUUGUGUACCAUUGCCUAAAGGAUCUUCAAAGACCAAAGAUGAAUCUGCUUAAUUUUAUGUACACUCAAAUUUAAUAAUUACACUUUUGAAUUCAAUAAAAUACAAGAAAAAUUUUAAA